CAAUAAUGAUAAAAAAUUUUUUUUAAAUCGCGCUUACGAAACUAUGCAGAAACCGACAUCGCCAGGCCAUCUUUUGUGGCGCUAAUUAAACGAUGUUUAUUCCCUUUUUUUAAACGAUUUACACGUUAUACCUCCUCAUAUAGACAUUAGUUAGCUUUGUAAGUCGGGGUAAGAAACCCCACUGGAUCUGACUAGUAAGACUGAGGCGGUGUCGGUAUAUAUAAAUAAUUUAAAUAAUAUAUACGGCGAUUCUACCGUAAUAUUAUACGCGCGAAGAAAAUUUGAAAUUAUAAUAGAGACGACGACGACGACGACGACGACGUCGGUAGAACGAAGCAGGGAGAAGCUGUUGCGUAAUCGCGUUGAUCAUCCUCUCCGCAUUGCGAAAGAAUAUCGAAAGAAGGCAACAAUUAGCGCAAUGAACUGGAGAUCGGUAAUGUCGUCGAACGCGGGGGAGGCGAUCGGCAGAUCGGUCGUCUAUCCCUCCUGCAGUCCGACGAUGCAGCAUCGAGACUCCGAAUGCGCCAUGAACGUGAAUUAUUCGCAAGGAGUUGGACACUGCGGUCUGAAGCAGACUCUCGACGUCGAGGAUUUGGGACGUUACUUCGAAGGUGACUAUAACAGAAGCAACGAGAGGAUCAGAUACACCUGCGGCAGCGAGAAGAGACAUUCGGUCGCCAACGCGGGGAUUUCCGGGCACGCGAAGAUCGCUGGCCCUUCGGAGUUACGGAUGUGGGCCGAAAUGAGGAACGGCUUAGGGGGCUCCGAGAACGACGGCUUCUUAUCGACGAACGAGACCAAAAUGGCGACGGCCGGCCUCGAGCCACGAGGAGAAAACGCGGACUUCCCUCGCGGCUCAACGAAAUGGAACCGUCCGCCGUCUCGGACCCGCUUCGAUCAGCCCGUCUCGUGGUUCGAGCUGCAGCCGAACCUAAAUCCCGAGAUAAAGACACCGUUUCCCGAGUUUAAUGCGAGAAGUGACAACUUCUGCACCGAGUAUCAGUGGCUCCGGUGCCCGGCCACCCAGUGUCCGAUGCUCCUCGCCGACGGGUACGAGGGCUUCGGACGCUCCGGCGAGCCGCCGACGUACCCCUGCCUGCAGGACCCCUUCAACGAAUCGGGAUUCUAUUACGGGGAAAAUACCUCCCACCUCACCCUGGCUGAUUGUGAAUACAGCCAACGAUACGACGAGGAUUCACUAAGCAAUGAAAAACGGAAGGAGAAAUCUCGGGACGCCGCACGAUGUCGGCGAACCAAAGAAACAAACAUAUUUACCGCAUUGGCGAAUGCGCUUCCGGUACCGAUCGAGCAGGCUGCCCACCUCGACAAGGCCAGCGUGAUGCGGCUCGCCAUCGCUUACCUCAAAGUUCGAACGGUCGUUGAUGCCAUACCGGACACGUCUCCAACGUCGGAAACAUCCAUAGAGACGGACGCGGCGUUCCUGAAAGCACUCGACGGAUUUAUGUUCGUCCUAUCCAGCGACGGCGAUAUGAUCUACCUGUCCGAAAACGUCAGCGAUUACCUCGGAGUUUCACAGAUGGACAUGAUGGGUCAGAACGUCUACGACUACAGCCAUCCGUGCGAUCACGAGGAGCUUCGCGAAUGCUUGUCGAUGAAGCCCUCCGGGGUUAACGACGCGAAACAAAUGUGCAAUCUGUUCCUCAGACUGAAGUGCACUCUGACCACCAAAGGGAGGAAAGUCAACCUGAAGAGCGCCUCGUACAAGGUGAUACACUGCACGGGUCACGUCGUGGCGACGCCUCGGGACCUUUCGACGCCUCAGAAUCAGCUCGAUGAGAAUGGCGACAGCGUCGAUUCCUUUGAAGGGGCUCACGUGAAGAUCGAGAAGCAGGAAAAGGAGAGCAGCUCCGGCUGCCUCGUUGUCGUCGGCUGUCCGAUUCCCCAUCCGAGCAACAUCGAGGUGCCCCUCGGCCGGCACACCUUCUUAUCGAAGCACAGCCUGAACAUGAAGUUCACCUACGCCGACGAGAAAUUGGCCGAGUAUCUCGGCUGGGAUAUCAGCGAGCUCGUUGGCCAGUCGGUUUUUGACUUUCAUCACGCCCUCGACAAUCCUCUACUCGACAAAUCGUUCAAGUCGCUGUUCAGCAAAGGACAGUGCGAAACUGCGGCCUAUCGCUUCCUGGGUAAAAAGGGAGGCUACGCCUGGGUCGUGACGCAAGCAACCCUGAUCCACUGCGCCAAACAGCACAAGCCGCUCUCCGUAGUCUGCGUGAAUUACAUCCUAAGUGAAAUCGAGUGCGAAAAUGAAGUGUACAGCACCCGCCAGCUGGAGGCUCGCUCCGUAGAUGUGGCAGCCUCCUCAGAUUGCAAGCAACCUCUGUCGCCGGUAGCUGUCGCCGGUUGCCCAGCAGCGAUAACCGUACCGACAACCAUCAACCCCAACAACAACAACAACAACAACAACAACAACAACAACAACGUUGAAAAGUCAGACGCCGGCUGCCCCGGCGAACUGAUCACCGGGGAUUUGCCGAUCGAACACCCGAGACCCUUCUCCGUCACCGCGGCCUUGUUCCAACACGAGGAAAAACCGAUCGACGAAACACCUCAGGUGUCCGAGAACAAGCCAUUUGAUACCGAGAAGGACUUAUUCUCGAAGCCCGUGUCGGCCACGGACCAGAUAUUUGGUGUUGCUAAGAUACCCGAGUCGCAAACCGAUAAUAAUCUGCAGUUGCCUACGCUUCGCCAGCAGAGAAGUCAAAACGUUCCUCUGCUCCCGAGACCGUCGGAGAAUUUAUUCCAGGGAAAACGCGUACUGCAGUACUCGGCAAUCAAACAGCAGCAGCAGCAGCAGCAGCAACAGCAGCAGCCGCUGCGUGCCAAACCGCAGACAGUGACGAGGGACCUGAUCGUACCGAUUCCUCAAAUCCAGGAGCCGCCCAGCAGGGUUCCACCUCAGACAGCGACCGCGAGCAUAUUCGCACCUCGCACGAAGGACAUGAACAAGGGCUUCCUAACCUUCAGCGAAGACCAGCCUGGCCUUACGAGUGAAUAUAAUAUAUGUGCAUGUGCGGAUAUGUCGUUGGAUGUAUGCAGUAAGCGAGAAAACGAUGCUGCGGAUCAUUGCUGGGUGUUGAAGGAUGAACCGGAGGACCUUACCCAUCUCGCCCCGACGCCAGGCGACGUCUGCGUGCCCCUCGAGGACAACACACCCUUCUUCCCCGACAUGCUCGUCGACCAGUUUAUACUCGAAGACAACUACUGCCCUCUCCUCAGCCCCGGACUGCCAAACGAGCUCGGUGAAUCCCUCUGCAAAGAUUCCGACCUCGCGGAUCCGCUCAGGAGCAGCGAACUGGGCGAAUCGCUUGCCGACAGCGAUCCCUUCAUGUACAGGGAGACACCGCCCAGUCCCGGCAGCGGCAGCCCCCAUCUUCUUUCACCGGCUCUAAGCAAGAGCCCGGGAAGCAUAGACUCACUUUACAGCCCAAGCGGCAGCGGAGGCGGACUUUCCGAGGAUGAAAUGCUGAUGCUAAGCAUCGGUGACGUUCUCGUCGACGAGGAUCUCGCCCUCAGGGCCCCCUAUAUUCCAAUGUCCGACCAGGACGAGGCCCUUCAGCUUUUCAUCAGCGAUGACAUGGUCAUGUGGGGACCGUCACAACCGCCCGAUAAAAAGUCCAAGUGGUCGAACGUAGAGGGCGCGGAGACGAACGUCAGCUCGAGCCUGGAACAGCUGCUUAGAACGAAUUCGUCCAACGUCAAAAAGUCCAACGACCACGGGGGUGGAUUAGUAGAUCCGAUCGAAACGUUUGGUAACGUUUACAAGAAAAGUAUAAAAGAAGAGAGCAACGGCUGGACGGCGUCCAGGGCCGAGCGUAAUUCGCACAAGCGUGUUUACUGCAACGCAACCUCGACGUCCGCUAGUUUCGACAACAACGAUAACUGCAAGAGGAUCAAGUGUGAGGAGAGAAGGUCGAGCUGCGCGAACGAAUCAUCAGGGUUUGAUGGGGGCCGAGGUGCCGGAAGCGCACUGACGAUCCGGCAGGGAAGCCAACUGCUUCACCAGCUUAUGUCUCAACAGUCGGUCGUCGGGAGCAACGCAAGGAGCGAAUCGACGAAUAACGGAGGCCGAGGAACCGAGGGUGGCGGCGGAGGCGGAGGAGGAAGAGGCGGUGAGAGCGAGGACUCUUCUUCCUUGUCGACGACGACAGCGAGUACGACGGUCUUUCCCCCCCAGCUGCAUCAGCAGCAGUCCAACAGCGUGUUGAUGAACCUUUUAGUAUCGGGAUGCGACGGACUGAUAGACCCUCGCAAUAUAACACCUCUCCUCGAAAGGAAGAUAUCCCCACUGAGUCUGAACCUCGAGAAUCACAUCGUGCCGCGGAUGCCCCUCAGCAUGGCGCUGAACCAUCUCAGUCCAGAUACGCGAAAGGAGCUCGUGAGCGCCGUGCCCAGGAACAAAUCCUGCGCCGCACUUCAUGAGGUCGUGCCGAUGGAGUUGGACAAUUUCGACUUCGACGUAAAUUCGCUGAGCCCCGAGCUAAUGCACGGCCCGGACCUCCUCAAGAUCUUAACGAAUAAUCUUGCGUAGAGAUCCUUGGAAAGUCGAGUUUUUAUUUUUUACGUUAACACACAUGUAUCUAUAUCAUCUAUACAUUGUAACAUAUAUGUAGACAUAACUGUUAUAUGGGAGGUGAGAAAGAAAUAGCGUAGAAAAUGUGAUUAACCAAUUGACUAAUUAAUUAAUAAUUGCUGAGGGAAAUCGAAAGUUUUUCUACUUAGAUUGUAAUAUUAAUUAUUGUCGAAGUUAUCUGCACAUGACGCAAGAAUUGUCGCGAAUAACCGCGGGCAAAAGCACAUAUAUGCUCAAAAUAUCGUUUUUGUACCUUUUGUUUUUAACUAAUACAUACGUUGUUCGAUAAGGUCGCGAAUGUGUUUCUUGUAAAUUGCGUUUCAACUAUAAUAGGUGUAAUAAUAAUACUGCCAAAAGUAAAUUAUGUUACGCUAAAACUUCGAGACCUAAAUGUUGUUUGACCUUUUCUGAUUAAUUUGUCAUUUUAUUCUUCUUUGCUUCACAAUUAUAUUCUUUGGUAUUUGAAUUUAGCCUAUUUGUCUACUACUUGAUAUACAUGUAACAUACUGUCAUUACUAUUAUUAUUAGUAGUGUAUUAGUAGGAGUAGGAGUAGGAGUAGUAUUCUUAUUACACAUACGUAUAACGUAAUGCAGAACUAUUUUCGAUUCAAUUUAUCGCAGAUUGUGCGACUCGAGGUAAACUCGAGGUGGACUACCCUUCUCAUUGGGAUGGGAUUAUUGUUAUUUUCUUUCUCUGUUAUUCUAAUGAAUCAAUUCGACAUAAGAGAGAGAUAAAGUAGGCUUGCUCGUGUCAACUUAUUGAAAUAUAUACCUAUAUAUUUUACAUAUUAUUAUACGUAUAAUAAUACAUAUAUAUUUUAAUACCAGCGAACAUACAUGAAGCAUAGGAACACAGGAAGCAUAGUUCUUACUUUUACCAUUUACAUUAUAAAGAUCCGUGUAAAAGAGUAAAGAACCAUGUUUAGUACAUGUAGGGUUCUAUAUUAAAGAUGUCAUAUACUAGUGCGUAUAUAUAAUUGCCUACGUGACAAGAGGGUUUCUGACUAUACAUACACAACGAUGAGUUUGGGUUUGAAAAUGAAGUUGAACAAAAAAAAAAUGAGUUGGCAAGAAAGAUAUACGCCACAUGUGCUUACGGCAGUCGAGUGCCAACUGUAAGAGUUUGACUUCAAGUCCAAUAUUUGAUUUUUCUCAAGGCAACACAGACUAACCUGAAUAAUCGUUUUCCCUUCGCACAGACUAAAGAUGGAGAUGGAGGGAUCCAAAUUUCAGAGUUCAAAAAUUACGUUGAAACGCGCGGGGAGGAAAAAAAGUAAAUGAGUUGAUCGGUAGUAUAAUAAUUUGUAAAGCAAAGAAAAGGAAUACAUAAUUAUGCAUCUAUAUACAUAUACCGUGCAUAGUUGAGGAAAUGGAAGAGUCCGCAGUCAGGCACUAACAGUCCCAUGAUCGCGCGCUCUCUCGUCCGUGAGAUCGGAUACGUUCGCUCAGAGAGCGUUCGCUACAUUGGCCGAUCGUGCCCGACUUCGAACUGUUUCAUUUCCUCAACUACGCACGGUAUGCAUUAUUUCCAUAUUAUGAUUGUUUUUACUAGCUGACACAUUUUUAUUGACAAUGUCUCUACAGAAUUAUUAAAAAUUUUAUUUUCCUGUUUUAUUGUACGAUUGAAUUAACAUUUUUGGCCUUAUGGCACUUUAAUGAAACAAACCAAGAGAUACUUGAACAUGUAGUCCGAAUUUUUGCCCUCUUUCUAAUUACCUCUGCCAUUUGUCCAUUUUUUAUAUUUUUUUUGUUACAUAUUAUAAUUUCUAUCCUAAAUUUAAUUUAUUCUACCACGAUUGAAUACACGAUAAAUGAUCACCUGUGCACUGUUAUUUGACACAAUGUACAAAAACGAAAACAACAACUCAGAAUUGAAAUACGAAUCAUAGGAAAAAUGUGAAUUAUGUUUAAGUGACAAGAUAAUGUGACUUUAAACAAUGCUAUACUAUAACAAAAGUAAUUGAAUAUUAUUUUAUAAGGCAGAUCUGUAUAUCUUAUUGUGUAAUUAUUAUUAGUAUUGUUAUAAUUACGAAUAUAUCAUAAUUAUUCUGAUUAUGAUCGUAAUUGUUGAUCGACAUUUGAUACUAGAUAUAUACGUAUAUGUAUACGAGGCACGUACUGACAUUAAGAAACGUGAAUCCUGCAGGUGAUUAGAGCUCUAAAACUCAGUAACGCAAUGCUCAUUGUCGUAAACUUGCUCGUGAAACGCAUGAAUCAUUGUAAUUGCAUCGCCAAUCCCAAACGCAACGAGGGAACUGCUUAAAACAGAAAACUUCAAAAAAGAAAACUUUUAAAAAAUUAACCCACCAGACACUUCUUAUUUGCGACGUGAUAAGAGAGUGAUGGCAGCAUUUUUAUUAAACUUUGUUGGCACCGUUUCAGCUUCACAGACGAUUGCGUCUUACAUGCUUAUCGUUAAAACACAUGUAAAUGUUUCGUAAAAUUGUCGACGUAAUACUUGCUUUUGUAUGGCGGAUACAAUACACAAUUAAUUGAGUACAAUGCGCCUGCCUCUUUGCUUUGCUAUAUGGCAUCGACAAUACAAAUUUUGGAAAUUUAUUAUUGUACUUAAUGUUCCAUUUUGAUAUGCCAUAUGUCUGAUGCUGGUUAUCAAUUUGAUAAUAUUUAGAAUCUAGGCGAAGUGAAUGAAAUUAAAGUGGUCCUAUUUAUGCCCCGUGUCCGAAAGCGGGUAUAUACGAAAGUCACUCGCCGAAUAAAGGUGUUAUUUGUAACGAAUGAAAUUCAGAUACAGUAUACACCUGUUAUGUAGUAAAUUCCACUUAGCUUAUAAGUGAAGAAAUUAUAAGUAUCAAUAUAACUAGCAUAAGCAUUCCGUAGCUAAAUACUAAAUAUAUCUAUAUCUUUAUAACCUUAUGAGUAUACAAAUAAAUACCAGAUUUAUUGGG